AUGAUAACAACAGUAGCCAGAAUUCGUCCUGGAGUUCCGUCAACUCUCAAUGCUUUCUGUGUUGCUGAUUAUGAUCCAGGAACUAGUUCUUGCGAUGAUGUGUUCCUCUAUAUCACAAAUAUCUUUGAUAGCAAUAUCAUUGUGUAUGACUACAAGAAAGGUGACUUCUGGUCUUUUUCGGAUCCAUCAAUGAAGCCUAUCGUUGCUGAAUCAGCGCUAACUUUCAAAGGAGUCACUUAUGGAGUUCCAGUCGGAGUAGUUAAUGUAGCCCUAGGAUGGCCAGACAAGCAUGGGUAUAGGAAUGCUUACUAUGCUCCUGGUUCUAGUUUGGCUGAAUACAUUGUUUCUACAAAAGUAUUGCAAGACUCUAAAAGAGCUUCGUACAAAUAUAAUCCUAAUGACUUUACCCUUAUUGGAUAUCGAGGAUGCAAUUCAACAAAUUUAAAACAAAUCUUUGAUUUAUCAACUGGCGUGAUCUUCUUUGGUGAAAUCGAUUCGGAGAGAGUUCGAUGCUGGAAUACUCAGCUACCUCUCAAUCCGGAUACAAUUGGUGUAAUUUACGAAUCAGAUGAAUCUGUGUUUAUUCCAACAUUAUCAUUAGAUUCAAAAGGAUAUUUGUGGUUUCUUACCAAUCAAAUGCCAAUUACAUUUAACAGUGAUGGCGUUCUUGAUAUUUCCGAAGUGAACUCAAGAGUUUAUCGCGUGAAAGCAUCUGAAGCAAUAAAGGGAACUGUGUGCGAUAUUUCUUAUCAUUACUAUUGA